AUGGCUUCUUCAAGUUUGGAAUCCCAUACAAUAUAUGCUUGCGGAAUUGAAAGUCGAUUUGUCAAGGACUUUGAAGAGAUAGUUAUUCAAUUGGCUCCAGACGUCCAAAUUGGUAAUUUUAACACUUAUAUAUGUUCAGCCAAGAAAAAUUGGAACUUUGUGGAAUUAUGCCUUUUUUCAGAAGGAGAUUGCGUUACAUUAAUGGCAAAAUUGAGAGGUUUAAAAAUUAAGGAGAGCAAAAUUCCUCUAAGAUUAUUUUGGCCAGUAGAAUUGGUUAACUACAAACGCAAGCAAUUGACUAAUGAGGUUUUUAAGCAAAUGGCGCAAUUAGGUCGUAAAGCCAAGGGCUGUUUCUUCGAUAUAAGAAUCGAAGAUAGGCAAGUAACUUAUUUCAGCGAAGCUGAUGCUAUAAUAGCAUUACUGUGCCUGGAUGGAUUUGAAUUUUUGACUUGCCAACCAAUAAUAGUUCAGUUUGAAAGCCAAAAUAGUGAAGCUUUGUAUGAUGAGGUCUUUCGAAUUCGAAAUCUUCUUGAGAAUCGACAGGAUAAUAGUAAUCGAUCAGCAUCGCAUUAUCAUGAUGGUGCUCGAUUUCCAGUUAAGCAAAAGAAAAAGUACACUUCAGGUGGAGAGAAACAACCAUUUUCGCUCAAUUCUUGUUUUGAUCCAAGUUUGAGUUCGAAGCAAUUACAGGUGAAGAAUCCAUUUGUUAAUGAUGGAAUCAAUCACCGUGACAAAGUGGCUCAAGACAGGAAAGAACAGAAAACAAGCAAAGGAGUAAACUUCAAUAAGAGUCAAGGUACAAGAACGACACGAAGUAAACCAGUAACCGAUGGAACAGGUGUUGAAAAUUACGAUAGUGCUAGAAAAGUACAAGGUAAAAGUAUAAAAGCAUAUCUGAACGAAAAUAAAGGUAGUCAUCAAAGCAUAGAACAAAAUUCUGGUUUAUCAAAUAAUGUACAGCCUACUCAUGGAAAGCCUCUAUCGAUGAAACAACAGCGUGCGAAUGGCAAUGAUUCUACUGAAUUUUCCACAUUAGCAAAAAAUAUGAUUGAGGAAGAGUACCCUUUCUCCAAGAAAGCUUACAUCCUUAUCCAAAAAUUGAAUCUAGAGCAAAGAAUCCGUGAUAAAGGUUUUGAAAUUUCGUUCACAUUUAGAGAGGAUGAAGAUGGAGGAUUAUUAAGUGCAAGAAUGAUUGAUGGCGACCAAGGUUCUAUCUUGAAGGAAUUAAUGAAUUUUUUCAACUGGGUCGAUUCUAAAGAGGAUUUAUCUGAUAGACUAUGCAAUUAUCUUGCUAUAAAGACUGAUAUGAUGGAUCUUCUAAAUAAGAAAUUUAAUGAUCAUGAUAUUGAUGGCGCAAUCGUUCAUACUGAGGAGAAUACUUCCAUAUCUAUUAUUGCUAAGAAUAUGGCAGUAUAUUACAAAGUUAAAGCCUUGCUAUUACAAGCCUUCAGUACUAAAACAACAAUAAUUUCUUAUGAGAAUCGCUUUUUUUCAAAAGACACUCAUCUAUUCCUUUCUAGUAUUGAAGAAGAUAUUCCCGCAUGUAGUAAUGUCCUAUUAGAAGCUAAUUUGGAUAAAGAUACGAAUACUUGUAGUAUAGCAGUAACGGGUCCUAAUAAUAUCGUUGAAAGUGUAAUUCAAGCUAUAGAAACUAAAAUAGAUAAUUAUAAAUUAAUCAAAUUUGUUAUUAGUGAUAUUCCAGUUUUGAAAACGGAAUAUUUACGGAUGCACUUACAUGGUGAUAUCCUGUCCUCAGAAAAGAAAUACGGCUGCCAAAUUAAAAUUGAAGAGAAACAAGGCAGUGAUUCUUGGUGUAUGGACGUACGUAAAAACAUUUCUGUAGAAUGUUGCAACAUUCAUGAAACUACUAUUAGUAACGAAAUUCAAGCUCUGUUACAAAAUAUUACCACGGAAGAAGGACAUCGGAUUAGUAAAUAUUCGUAUAUUGGACGAUUGUUUAGUAACAGCAAACAUAAAGCCAAAUUAGAGCGCCUACAAGGACAACUACAAUGCUUGAUCACUAUGACUUACGAUAAUGAAAGAUUUACAGCAGUUAUAAAAUACAAAAUGAUGAUUAAAAUUGUAUUAAACGUAAACAAGUUUAGAGAAAGUAAUGAAAGUAAACCUAUGGUUGAAAAAUCUGUCACACUUGAUCAGAAGGUGAUUCUGCAAACAGCUAAACAAGAGGAAGUAAUCACAGCUAAAACCGCCGCUCCUAGUGACUCAACUCAACCGGUUUCGCUAACAAGUAGUAACGAGAGGCAAAUUAAUAAUGUUGCAAUUAAAUUGGUGCAAGGAAGACUGGAACAAGAAGGAGCAGCCUCUGCUGAUGUUAUUAUCAGUUCCAUGAGCUUGAAUAAUUUUGCAGAAGGUAAAAUUGCUAAAGCACUAUCAGCCGCUGGUGGAGCAGCGUAUCAGCAAGAAUGUAGUAGUCUGUUACAAUCUUUAUCGAUUAAUAGCAUAGGCUGUACAAAUGGGCAGUAUUUUGGUUGCAAGAAAGUAUAUCACAUUGCAUUUUUAAGCUCCGACAAAUCAACAUCGUGGCUUAGCCAACGUAUUGAAGAUUGCUUAAAAAAAGCUGAUAAUGAAUCCAUGCAAUCAAUAGCCAUACCUAUCAUCGGCACUGGAAGUAUUAACCUAAAUAUCGAUGAAAUUACCAAGGAAAUGAUAAAAGUAGCAAUGGACUUUGCUCAUAAGCAUACAGGAAGCCUACAAGAAAUCUAUUUUAUCGUCUUUCCUACUGACUUAAACGUUUAUAGUGCUAUGAAGCAAUCGCUAGAAUCGAGUAAAGUACUAGAAGUGCAACUUAAACAGCAAGCUAAACUCGUUAAGAAGGUAAUAAAAUCGACCGGAAAUACCCCUACGCAUGUAAAUCUUAGCGGUACACAGAAACUAUUAUUUUCAGCUCGAUGCGAAAUCACUGAAACACCUAUUUGUAUUAAUAUCUAUGAUGGCAAUAUUCAUGAUGUAGCUGCAGAUGCUAUCGUUGAUAUAACAUCUUUAUGCCCUAAGCAUUCGAAAGUUGAUUCUCAUUUAGACUUUAUUCACUAUAACGAUGCUGGGCAUACAUCACAAACUUUGCGAAAACUCUCUUCUAAAUCGCGCUCAACUAUAUAUCAAGUUUGUCCUUACGGUUGCUUAUCUGGCUUUAGUACUAUAUUAGCAAUCAUUAAUGCCCGUGAAGAAAAAUCGAUCGCGAUUCCGUUGUUAAGUCAUGAAAUGGAUUUCACUCAUGUUUAUAGCUUAAUAGAUACUAUAGAGAUAUUUAUAGCUAAUAAUCUAAGUGCGGCAACGUGUAUAAAUUGUUUUAAUUUUGUCAUUGGAUAUAAAGAUCGAAGUCGAGAAUUCGCAAGCUGGAUGCAAAUGGUAAUCGUCGAUAAGCCUUUACAGUUUGGGUGGCAAAUUACUCAACACGUAGCAGUUAAAGAACUUGGUUUUAAUGUAACUUAUGUCGCUAAAGAUAAAUCUAUCAUUACUAAGAUGGAAUCAGAAAUGGAAGAACUUACAGAUGCUUGGACGAGUCAUAAGAUGACUGAAGAAGAUUAUUUUGAUUCAGUAGAUCAAAAUAGUUGGUCUGAGCUUGCGUUACAAUUUUGGUCAGAAUAUAACACAAUUCUAGUAAAGCAAGGUCAAGAUAAAACUGUGUAUAUAUACGGGUUCGAGAACGAUAUACUGAAUGCUGUUUCAAGUAUUCAUAAGCUAAGUAAAACUUACUUUGAAGAGAAAGCUCAGAAUGAAGUAGAGAAAGUUACAGCUGAAACAGCUAAAUGGUAUGUAAAAGCUGAAGAAUCUAAGGCUUACUUUGGAGUGAAGCUAAACUACGAAAUUGAAAAAAACUACAAGAUUUAUACUAAAGAUAAGACCAAGAAGACUUUCGUAAUCGAUGCAGGAAAUAAAACGAUCGAUUUCGGCGAAAUGAAUCUGAAGUUUGUUGAUGGAACAGAGUAUCCUAUAGGAAAAUCGUCAAUAACAGGUGUAGCAAAGUAUUGA